AUGCACCGGUCGACUAGCAAGGCGUCGAAGCAGCGGCGGGAACUGAUCAAGACGGAGAUCGACCGGCUGAGAGAACUGCUCCCGCUGCCCAACGCCGUGAAGGCUCGUCUCUCCUUCCUCCACGUCAUGUCGUUGGCCUGCGUCUACGUCCGGAAGGGCCAUUACUUCAGUCAGGAGCAAAAUGUGCUGCCACCAUUGCCAAGCUGGGAUGAUACCUCGCCGUUUGAUUUCACACAAGCGCUGCACGGAUUUCUACUGGUCAUGACACGACAAGGGAAACUGCUGUACAUAUCGGAAAACGUCACGGAUUACCUCGGACACUCCAUGGUGGAGCUUUUGUCGACAGGUGGCGACUUGUACGAAGUAAUCGAUCCCAGAGAUCACGCCAUCGUCCGAGGCCAAAUGGCGGUGGGCUCCAGUUGUGGCGGUACCGAAGCCGAAUACCACUCAGAUGACGAAAGGACUUUCUUCUGCCGUAUGAACACAUCGCGCAACAUGCGCCGUAAGGAUCACUGCACUGACAACAAGAUGGUCCGCAUUAAAGGCCGGUUUAGGAUCCUUUGGUCGGGCUGCUGUUACAGCUGGAACCAGGUUGAGCCCGUGUUCACCGCCGUCUGCAGCCCCGUGGAGACCCUCACACCGAUCUCGGACGAGAUGGUGCCCCUCAAGACCUCCAUGUUCACCACCGAGCACGGCAUGGACAUGGUGCUGUACGACGCCUCAUCCAACGUGUUUUUCCACCUGGGCUAUGAAGUAAGCGAGGUGUGUGGGAUGUCCUGGUACGCAAUCGUACAUCCGGACUACAUCGAAACGGCCCGGAAACAUCACCAACAAAUGCUUCAGCCCAGCAUCGGGACGGCCGCCAGCCGUUGCGCCUUCAUCCUACGGCUGCUACGGAAGGACUCGGGUUGGCUGACUGUUAGCGUGACGGCGUGGCUCGACCGGGACAGCACGGUCAACCACGCCGCUGUCAUCAUGUGUCAAAACCUGGUUAUCAGAGAAGACGAGAUCGCUAUGUACGAGUCGCAGGCCCUUCAUGAAUCCCUCGCCCGCCGGUCUGCCUCUUGUCUCGUUUCACCGAGCCCCGCUUCGGCCUCGGGUUCAAGCGAGAGGUUCAGCUGCAGCGCAGGAGAUGAUGUUCCGUCACCUUGGCCGGACACCUACCAGCGACCGGAGGCGGCACCCGCUUGCCCCACCGACUCCUCGCCGGCGUAUGGAUACGAAGGCCUCGGAGGUCAGACACAGCGGACGGGGCAGCCGUACCAGGGGGAGACCAUCCCGUACCAGUAUCUGGACGACCGAAGGGGGAGCGCCGAGUGGGGGUAUGACGGUGGCGGCUGCUACUACCAAGGAACCCCAUUUGUUAACAACUCAGCAUGCCAGGAGAAGAUGGCGAGUGGAGGAUGGGAUACGUCAGUUACCGGGGGUUCCCGUCACCUCGCCAGGAGGGACAUUUAUCAUGGGUCUGGGAGUUACGGGCCUUAUUCGUCCGUAUUAGUUGGGCCUGCAAGGACCGUGCAGUCAUUGCGUCCCUCCUGCUCCCGCAAGGAGUGCCUUGCGGACAGGGGCGGGGUCGACUUUGUCGCGUCACGGCGCGGUCCGACAAUCGACGCCGGCACCCUCGGAAGCGACCCUUGUCCGGCCCUUAGGAGGGCGGUCCUCGAGUGGGCUCGGCGGUUAAAAGCCAAGAGGCAAGUCAUGGCAGCUUACAGGAACCAGGAGCCGUGCUUUCCGUCCACAAAUGAGGCCGAGAAGGGCCGAAAGAGGUCCUUCCGCGAGACUGUCUCAGUGUCCCCUGGUCCUUACAAAGCCGAAGUAGACUACACACCGUGUGGAGGUAGCUUCUCCUGUAGCAGCCCUCCUACAAAACGCCGAUUGGACAGUUCUUACACGGUUCCGGAGACACACCAACCGCAUAUUAAUGGACAUCCGAGCUCCAACGGCGCCGUGGUGAUUCGCGGUGAAACAGCCAACAAGAACGAACUGCACGCAAUCCCCUGGGCAGGGCUGCCACGGCAGCAGGAGCUCAUUUGGUGGACGGAUUCCGGGAGGGGUGGGGUGCACCAUGUCAGUGUGCCGGACAGCAUCCUCACGCCCGAGUCUUCCCCGAGCCACGAUGGAUCCUCCCCGGGGAAACUGAGGCCCGCGUCUGGUACGCUCUCGGCAUCCCCACCAGAGACCGGUGGACCUGCAGAAGGCAACCGCCCGGGGGACGAGCGGCCUGGUGAGGAAUCUGAGCCGAAUGUCGGUACCCUAGAGGCCGCGGUAGGCAAGGCACUGUUCGCUCUGUCUUCGGAUGAACUACGGCUUCUGGAUCAGGCAACCCUCUCGCUACUGUGUCAGAACAAUAACCCGUGUCAACCAGUGUUCCCGAAGAAGACAAUUGUCAGUUCUGACGAUGAGUAGAAUUACUCAGACAAUAAAAAAAUCGAUAGAACAUUGCUCUAGAUUAAAAAACAAACCGCAAAUAAUAAAGAUCACUUGCAGACACCACUUUUUUUUUUUAAAGAUUUUGAAUUAAUUCCCAAUAUUUUCAAUAUAUUUAACACAUUUGCCAUGCAGAUAAUGAGAUAAGAUCAUUGCUGAAAGAGUGGGAGAUUGUGUGUCUUUUCGAGGCUGGGGAAUCGUCGCAGUGAGAAUUUUUUUUAUAAUUUAUUUAUUUUAGCAUAGUUAGGAAAGAUAGUAACGAUGGUUUCUUCUACUGAUUAUGUCGCUUUCCAAGAUUAAAACCAUUCAUUACAUUUCUGUCAUUCUCCAAUUUGAAUACACCCAGCCAUCCCAUAAAAUCAGUGAAAUUACUAAGAACACAAGAAUAUCGGAACAUCCGCGCAACAGACGGCAGCAGGCCACUUUACAGGUUGAAGAAAUUUGUGAUUCAGGAAAAGGCUGAACUAUAUACUCAUGCAUAUUGUUUAAGUUUUGUCUUCAAAACAAUUAUACAGGUUUCAACGGCGAACGCGGAUUUGUUUCUUGCCUGUAAGUGGUCAGAUUGCAUUUUGCCUUUUUGCUAAAAUCUGAAAGCUGUGGAGAGAGAUAUAAAUGGCUGUAAGUGCCAUUUCCCUGACAGUGUGAUUUAUUCUAUCCAAUUGGGUUUUUGGAUAGUGGCGUAUCACCAACUUACAGCAGUAGAUUAUUAUAUCUUUUUUCCAGUGAUGCUCUGGCCCUUCUGUGAUAUCAAGUUGUGGAAUUCCUGUCACAGAAUAAGUCCAUUCAUGUAUUUUUAUAGAGAGCAUUUACGUUACGAUGGCGGGACAUGGCGGGCACGAGGCAAGUUGCCCACGGGACUUGCAGUCUUUUUUAACGACAACGCCAACAUUUCAUACACGGUAUGUCACCAGUGCUUCCGUCAGAGUUGAGGAUGAAAACUCAUGAAAACGCCAUUGACUGAGUGGCCGAAAACUGGACUCUGGGAAGACACGGGUAAAUGGUCUUUUUACUUAAUGGUAUAGAUUGCCUCUUCUUUCCUCUCAAACUGCAAUUUCUGUCCCCGCUAAGCAUGGAUUCCGGUCCUUGUAACGUUUUCAGUAGUCUGUCUUUUUGCCAAGAAUAUGUUUUCUAUUGCUAGCCCGAUAGCUUACCAGCGUAAAUAGCUUUCGAGUUGCUUGAAUUAACUUUAAUAUUAAAGAUGGACAAAAAUUCUUGAAAUAAAAACCACAGACUGUUCCUUGCUUUCGAAGUUGGUUUUAUGGUUCAUAGCGAGAAAUCGAGUUUGUUUGGAUUGUAAAAAUCAACUUUGCAGAGGACUAAGAACUUCAAAUACUUCACAGGUGUGACUUUGCUUCCUUUGUGUUGUGAUUUGUGCCUUUUUCAUGGACAGCCAGUAAAGACAGUAAAGAAAAGACCGAUAUUUUAUCAUCAUAAAAAGUGAUUUGUAUUUUUGUACGCAAAGGGCUCGCCAGGGAGCGAGAUGAAAACACCUUUCGUAAUGUUUACUGUCGGGCCGCGGU